AAAUGUUUACGUUGCGACGCUGCGGCAGUUUACGGUAGGCGUUGCAAUGAGGCGCAGGACCUGAGUUUUCGCGACACUUUCCCCCUGAAUGUGUCUGUUCCAGUUUUUCAGACCCUGACUGUUGGAGGAUGGACCCUGUAGUGUUGAGCUACCGGGACAGCCUGCUGCGGCGCUCUGAUGUGUCUUUGCUGGAGGGACCUUACUGGCUCAAUGACCAAGUCAUUGGUUUUGCCUUCGAGUACUUUGCUUCCGAGCGCUUCAGAGUCCUGGGGGAGACCAUCAUCUUCAUCAGCCCCGAGGUCACCCAGUUCAUCAAGUGUGCUUCUUGCCCCGAUGAGUUAGCUCUGUUUCUGGAGCCGCUGGAUCUCGCUUCGCGUCGUUGGGUCUUCCUAGCUGUUAACGACAACUCCAACCAGACUGCAGGAGGAUCUCACUGGAGCCUUUUGGUCUACCAUCACAACUCCAACCACUUUGCACACUAUGACUCUCAAAACGGCAGCAAUUCAGUGCACGCACGGCGCAUUGCCAGCAAGCUGGAGCCCUUCUUAGGUGCAGGGAGGAAAGCGCUGUUUGCGGAGGAGCCCUGCCCUUCACAGAAGAACAGCUAUGACUGUGGCAUGUAUGUUAUCUGUAUCGCAGAGGCCUUGUGUGAGAAGGCGAGGGUGGAGAGCUCGCCACGCCUUCCUGUGCAAAUCAUUACCCCAGCCUACAUCACCCAGAAGAGGGCUGACUGGUGCAGACUGAUCCAGAGUCUAGCUCAGAAUGACCUCUGCUGCUCGCUGUCUUUUCCUUAGCACGUCUCCCGUCAGAAUAUGCAGCUGUCAGCCGCCACAUAUCUACUGCUGGAACAUCUGAAUGCACUCCUUGAAUACAGUAUUUAACUAUAUAUGAAGUAUAUUUCUAUUACAGUGUAUCAUACCCCAUACUAUGAUAGAGUUUAAAAAAUAUUGCAAUACUACAAAUCUUGAAAUAUUACCCGAACAAUUGGCAUCAUGUUAAUCCCGUGUAUAUGCACAGCAGCAUAGAGUAUGUAAAGAACACCAGCAUGCCUACAAAAGGAAUUCCCACCCUACAUAUUUAUUGAAGACGGAGAACAUGUGGAAGAGGAGUUACUUUCUUUCCUCCAUUUCAUCAAUUUGGAGCGAAUGUAGAACUGUUUACUCAGAUUAUUGCUCAGGGUCAUUUUAAAUGAACUAGAAUUGACAAGAAGAAUGUGCAUCUUAACUUUGGCUCCUACAUUUUGUCACAUUUGUUCUGGUCACAUUCUUUCUUGUUUCUUUUUUUUUUUUUAACAGGCUGUGAACAUCUAUAGCUACAAACUUUCAGUUCUGAAACUGUUCAAAAGAAAACUACUGCAUGAGGGUGAGAUGUGCACUGAGUGUUGUGAGUGCUGGAAUGUAUGUUAUGUUCUGACAUAAAGAAACUAUCAAACUCAUCAUCUGUAGAACUAAUACAUUUUACUGCUGUCACAUUUUUUGUUGACAAAAU